AUGAUUAACUAUAUUAAACACUACAGUAUUACAGAUACGAGACCUGAGCACUGGUACGCCGACUAUCCCAUAUCAUUAAUAGGCAAACGCCAGUCGCCCAUCAAUAUCGCGACCCACGAGUGUCUGCUAAACAAUAGAGAUCUGGAGCUAAAACCACUGGUCAUUGAAUAUCCGAAACAAUUCUCGGGAUUAGUCCUCAAGAAUCCAAGAGAUGACAAGUUUUACGGCUGGAGAGUAGACGUGUUCAAUGAGAUCGACAGAGCGGUACUGAGUGGUGGACCUCUUGAGCACAACUACCGUUUGGCACAAUUUCACUGCCAUUGGGGAAAGACAUGCAAUUGUGGUUCAGAGCACACCAUCGAUGGCACCUAUUAUUCAGCAGAAGUGAGUCCUCCAUGUCUU